UAAAGGUUCUGUUCAUACGGAUUUUAAAGUUGAAACAAAGAAUGAAAAUUCAACAACUUUUACUUUAUUUUUAAGCUAAUUUUGAUUAUUUGAAGAAAAAGACUACCAUGUUCGCCGUUAAAUCACUAAGUGUUCUACUAGUUGUGUUUUUAUUGACUUUGUUUGGAACAGUAAUUUUUCUUAAAGGUUUUUUGCUUUCAAGAACUGCAGUUGAAACAAAAAGUUUGUGUGAGGUCGAUUUUGCUCUCAGAGCUGAAGAUCAUUCUCAUCAUGGAAGUGAAGGAUGUUGGAUGCACGGACGGUUCAAAAGAGCAAUUAUAAUCAUCAUUGAUGCAUUAAAAUAUGAUUUUGUUCUUUUUAAUUCAUCUCUUCAUUCCAAUAACACCCCUCCAUUUAAAAACAAGCUGUCUAUCAUACAGCAGCUAAUUAGCAAAAAGCCGUUACAUACCAGAUUGUACAAAUUCAUGGCAGAUCCCCCAACAACAACAAUGCAAAGACUGAAGGGUUUGACCACUGGAAGUUUGCCAACUUUUGUUGAUGCUGGAUCUAACUUUCAGAGUUCAGAAAUAACAGAAGACAGCUUCAUCCAUCAGUUAGUAAAGCAAGAGAAGAAAAUUAAAUUUUUUGGGGAUGACACAUGGCUAAGCUUAUUUCCAAAGCAGUUCUACAAAUCUUUUGAAUUUCCUUCAUUUAAUAUCAAAGAUUUGCAUACUGUUGAUGAUGGAAUAUUGAAAAACAUCUACUCUGAACUGCGUAGAUCAGACUGGGAUAUCACUAUUGCUCACUUUCUCGGUGUUGAUCAUUGUGGUCAUAGAUAUGGACCUAAUCAUCCAGAAAUGGGAGAGAAGUUGACACAGAUGGAUGAAGUAUUGAGAAAUAUUACACAGUUAAUGAAAGACGACACCAUACUUUUUGUUAUGGGUGAUCAUGGCAUGACAAAAACUGGAGACCAUGGUGGAGACAGUCCUGAUGAAUUAGAAGCUGCUCUUUUUAUUUACAGCCCUGCUCAAAUUGCAUCAACAAAACAACAAAUGGAUGCUCAUGUAGUUAUGCAGGUGGACUUUGUUCCAACAUUCUCCCUGUUACUUGGCAUACCCAUACCCUUUUCAAAUAUAGGUAUGGUUGUCCCAGAGUUAUUUACUCACUGCCCUUGGUGGGACACUGCAUCGAAUGAAAUUAGACGAGUUUAUCAUAAAAUAAAGGCACUUCGAUUGAAUGCUCAGCAAAUCAACAUGUACCUGAAAGCAUACCAACAAGCAGCCUCAGACCUGCCAGCCAGUAAGCUUAAAGAUCUACAAAGAGAUAUAACCCAAGCAGAAAAUCAAGUGCAGACUCUGAUAACUGGGAUGAUUGCUGAUGGGGCAACAAAUCAGGCCUUGAAAAAGUUUGAAGAGCUCGAGAAAGUUUACACAUCCUACAUCAGAGGGGCUAGGGAGAUGUGUGAGAGUGUGUGGGCUAAGUUUGACAUCAAACUCAUCAUCACAGGCAUUCUGACAAUGGUGCUGGGCAUAUCGCUAGCCUCGUACUUUUUAUUACAAUGGAACAACGACGACAUGAACCUACCAACGCCUGGAAAAUUCUUAGUGGGAGGAUCUAUAUUGCAUCUGAUAUAUCUUUCAGUACAUUUAUCAUUUUUCUCAAAUGCGGUACCUCCUCUCAUGGCAUUUACAUUAUCAGUUGUGCUCAUAUUUGCAACAGUGGUCAUCUUGAAAAAUUCAGUCACUAAUAAAUGGGAAAAGUUCUGCAACUUCUGUACUCUUGAAAAUGCUGUGUCAAUGUGCUUACUAGCUGUUUCAUGUAGUUUAUUUUUUUCAAACAGCUUUGUUGUAUAUGAGGAUGGAAUCUCACUUUUUUUAAAUCAGUCUCUAGUGUUUGUCUUCUGUGUAAAAAUAAUUCUCACAAACUGUGCGUCAGGGAGGAAAGAAAAACACAAAAAUGACUUAACAAGACAUUCUAAAAAGACCAAGUCAAGUGUAGACAUAAUGUUUGUUGUUACCCAACCUUCGGCUAUCACCAUUUUCAUUACGUUAGCUUGUGCUACGAUGUUGAAAAUAUCAACUACAUUCUUCACAUGCCGAGAGGAACAGCAUUUGUGUGAAGAUUCAAUAUUCAACCUGGGUUUAGACUCAGUGGAUGGCUCGGCGAAAAAUCAGCGUUACAUUUUCAGUGUUGUUUGCCUAGCUGUUAUGGUGUAUGCAUCGAGAUACUGGUUAAAAUAUUAUGGGAACAUGAAUGGCUCAAGCCCGGGUGUUCUUUGCUUGAAGUACGGCCCACCCUUAGCCACUCUGUUUACCAGUUUUCAUUGGGCGCUACAAGGCUUGCCUCAGCUUGUGACUCAUUCCUUCAGUGAGUGGCAGCAAGUUUUGAUGGCGCAGGCUGUCUAUCUUGUUGUGGCACUUCUGCUUGUUACGCUGAUGUUUUCACCCCUUCUUGUGUAUGCACUUCCAACCUCACCAAACUCAGGACUCCAGCUUCCAUAUCAAGCUGAUAUUAAACAGAUAAUUCCAACAUUGUACAAUCAGCUCAAACUUCGCAUGAAUCACUCCCUUGACAGUGGAGAACAGGAGAAGCCUCCAGUGGUGUAUGGGCUGGGUUCAGUUUACUCUGCCAGUAUUGUGGCUUUACUGUGCAGUGUCAGUCUGCUACUGUGUCUCAUGUUGAAUGAUGGGAUGGCUCCCAGUUUGUUGAUUGCAACUUUCACCCUUUAUUUGUGCCUGGAGCUGUACUCUUCUGCCAUUUCUUCUAAAUGCUCAAUAAAAGAAUCCAAUGGGUUACCUGACCUGUCUGGAAUAAUUUUGUUGAGUCAGCUAUCUAGUUUUUUCUUCUAUGCAACUGGUCAUCAAGCUACCAUACCCAGCAUUAAGUUUGAAGCUGCCUUCACUGGAUUUUAUGGUGAUUUCCAGACUGUCAUCCUACCAGGGUUUUUGGUCUGGCUGAACACAUUUGCUGGGCCAAUUUUCUUCAGCCUGGCCAGUCCACUUCUAGUCUUUUGGCCGAGGUUGUCCAGCGGCCUUGCUGGGUGGAUGGUGAAAAAGUCACCAGAUCAGCAAGCUGAAAGGGCGUCUUGGCAGGGAGACUUCACCUUGUUCAACAACAGCGUCCAUCUCAAAAAAAGCAUGUUCAGGUUGUGUUGCGGAAUGAUUCUCAUUGCUUCAUGUAGAUUGCUGUGUGCAUCAUUAGCUGCUGCCCUUCACAGACGACACUUAAUGGUGUGGAAAAUAUUUGCCCCAAGGGUAGUGUACGAAGGUGGUUUAUUUCUCACAGUGUCCGUAUGCUCGCUGCUGGGUUUUCUGUUUGUUAUGAGGAUUGAUGAUGCCCUCUCCAAAUUUGUGAUCAAGAUAUCUUCCAAGAAAUCAAACUAAAUGCUGCUUUGCAGCAUAUUCAUUAAUGGCAGCACAAUCGUGUGACACAUAAAUUUCCUUCUAACCGCUUACUCACAAUGUUAGAGUUUUUAAGUAUUUAACUAUAGCAUAUUUUUUAUACUGCUACAAAAUAGUAUUCUCGCUAGCAACUAUUUA